AUGACUUCACCUGAACUAGAAUCUGCUCCACCUGCCAGGACUGCGGUUCUUGAAGUUGAUGAAAUUGACACAAAUGAUAGCGACCAAGACUCGUUUCUCCAGACGGAUGAGGAAGGUUCUACAUCGUCCGUUACCUCCAGCAUUCUACAAUAUCGACAAGAGAACGGUCGAACAUAUCAUGCCUACAAGGACGGCCAGUAUGUAAUGCCAAAUGACGAGCGCGAGCAGGAUAGGCUUGACUUGCAACAUCAUUUAUUCCUCGUUACCUUUGAAAACAAGUUGUAUCUCUCACCAGCUGGGCGAAAUGGUCACCAAUUGCACCACGUUCUUGAUGUCGGAACUGGUACUGGCCUCUGGGCCAUGGACUUUGCAGACGAGAAUCCCAGUGCAUCGGUUAUCGGUGUAGAUCUUAGCCCCAUCCAGAGUCCAUUUGUCCCUCCCAACUUGAGCUUUCAGGUGGAUGAUAUCGAAGAACCUUGGACAUUCAACGUCAAGUUUGACUUCAUCUAUAGUCGUAUGAUGACAGCCUCGUUCGCCGACUGGCCUGGUUUCUUCUCGAAAGCCUAUGAAAACCUUGCUCCGGGUGGCUGGAUUGAACUAGCCGACAUCUACCCCAUUACUAGCGAUGAUGGAACAUUGAGAAAGAACUCAGCGACAUAUGAAUGGGCGACUAAGUUGCUUGAAGGAACCAAGGCGAUUGGGCGACCAUUUGAUGGAGCUGACAAGUACAAGGAGCAGCUUGAAGCACAAGGCUUCCAAAAUGUCCAGCAGACAGUCUUUAAGUGGCCUCAGAAUACUUGGCCCAAAGACUCCAAGCACAAAGAGCUUGGGGCCUGGAAUCUCGAAAACAUAAGCUCUGGUCUUGAUGGCCUCAGUUCUGCUGUCUAUACCCGUGUGCUCGGGUGGACGAAAGAAGAACUUGAAGUUUUACUUGCCAAGGUUCGCCGCGAGCUCAAGGAUAAGAGCAUCCACGCAUACUGGCCUAUCUAUGUUGUUUAUGGUCAGAAACCUGAGUAA